CCUCCUCCGUGGCCCCGCCCCCCGGCAGGCAGCUCUCCGGCCCGCGCUCAGUGUCGCGCCCUCUCUCUCUCUACGUGUGUGGAGCUGCGGACAUGGCGGCCGAGCAGCAGCAAUUUUACCUGCUUCUCCAGAACCUGCUGAGUCCGGACAACGGCACCAGGAAGCAGGCCGAGGAAGCCUAUGACGGCAUCCCAGGACCAUCCAAGAUCACUUUUCUUUUACAAGCUAUUCGGAAUGCCGGGGCUGCGGAAGAGGCAAGGCAGAUGGCAGCAGUCUUGCUGCGACGCCUCUUGUCUUCAUCCUUUGAAGAGGUCUAUCCAUCCCUUCCAACUGAUGUGCAGAAUGCUAUCAAAACUGAACUACUGGUGGUCAUUCAGCUGGAAUCUCAGUCCAGUAUGAGGAAGAAGAUUUGUGAUAUUGUUGCAGAACUGGCUCGAAAUUUGAUUGAUGAUGAUGGCAAUAAUCAGUGGCCUGAAGCAUUAAAGUUCUUAUUCGACUCUGUGAACUCGCAGGAUGUGGGACUACGCGAAUCUGCUCUGCAUAUUUUCUGGAAUUUCCCUGGUAUAUUUGGAAAUCAGCAGCAGCACUACCUAGAAGUAAUCAAAAGAAUGCUUGUGCAGUGCAUGCAAGACCAGGAUCAUCCAGGGAUCAGGACACUGUCUGCCAGAGCUGCUGCUGCAUUCGUUCUGGCCAAUGAACACAAUGUUCCAUUACUGAAGCACUUUGCGGAUUUAUUACCUGGCAUCCUGCAGUCAGUAAAUGAAUCCUGUUAUCAGAAUGACGACUCAGUCCUGAAGUCUCUGGUUGAAAUAGCUGACACAGUUCCAAAGUAUUUGAGGCCUCACUUGGAAGCAACGCUGCAGUUAAGCUUGAAGUUGUGUGCAGAUUCCAGCUUGAAUAACAUGCAGAGACAGUUGGCACUUGAGGUCAUUGUCACCCUUUCUGAGACCGCAGCAGCUAUGUUGAGGAAACAUACUAGUAUUGUUGCCCAAGCUAUGCCACAGAUGUUGGCAAUGAUGGUAGACUUGGAAGAUGAUGAAGAGUGGUCAAAUGCUGAUGAAUUGGACGAUGAUGAUUUUGACAGCAAUGCUGUAGCUGGUGAAAGUGCUUUGGACAGAAUGGCCUGUGGCUUAGGUGGAAAAAUUGUUCUCCCCAUGAUAAAGGAGCACAUCAUGCAGAUGCUACAAAACCCUGACUGGAAGUACAGGCAUGCUGGUCUUAUGGCAUUAUCAGCCAUUGGGGAAGGUUGUCACCAGCAGAUGGAGGGCAUCCUCAAUGAGAUGGUUAACUUUGUAUUGCUCUUCCUUCAAGACCCGCAUCCUAGAGUGCGCUAUGCUGCAUGCAAUGCUAUUGGACAGAUGGCAACUGACUUUGCCCCUGCCUUCCAGAAAAAGUUUCAUGAAAAGGUCAUUGCAAGCCUACUGCAAACCAUGGAAGACCAGGCUAACCCUCGAGUCCAGGCCCAUGCUGCUGCAGCUCUUAUUAAUUUCACUGAAGAUUGCCCCAAGUCACUCCUAGUUCCUUAUCUGGAUAAUUUGGUUAAACAUUUACAUUCAAUUAUGGUGGUCAAAUUGCAGGAGUUAAUCCAGAAAGGCACAAAGCUGGUUUUGGAACAAGUGGUGACAUCAAUAGCCUCUGUUGCUGACACUGCUGAAGAGAAGUUUGUUCCUUAUUACGAUAUGUUUAUGCCCUCCCUGAAACAUAUAGUGGAAAAUGCCGUGCAAAAAGAGCUACGCCUUCUCCGAGGGAAAACCAUUGAGUGCAUAAGUCUUAUUGGUCUAGCUGUUGGUAAAGAGAAGUUUAUGCAAGAUGCGUCAGAUGUGAUGCAGCUGCUGCUAAAGACUCAGACAGACUUCAGCGAGUUAGAAGAUGAUGAUCCUCAGAUUUCAUAUAUGAUAUCUGCAUGGGCACGUAUGUGUAAAAUCCUUGGAAAAGAAUUCCAGCAGUACCUUCCUGUGGUUAUGGGACCUCUCAUGAAAACCGCUUCCAUUAAACCAGAGGUGGCUCUUCUUGACACUCAAGACAUGGAGAGCAUGGGUGAUGAUGAUGGAUGGGAGUUUGUUAAUCUAGGAGACCAACAAAGUUUUGGAAUCAAAACUGCUGGACUUGAAGAAAAAGCAACUGCUUGCCAGAUGUUGGUCUGUUAUGCUAAAGAGCUGAAGGAAGGAUUUGUGGAGUACACAGAACAAGUUGUAAAACUAAUGGUUCCACUCCUUAAGUUCUAUUUUCAUGACGGGGUAAGAGUUGCUGCUGCAGAGUCUAUGCCACUGUUGUUGGAAUGUGCACGGGUACGCGGCCCCGAGUACCUAACCCAAAUGUGGCACUUCAUGUGCGAUGCUCUUAUAAAAGGAAUUGGAACAGAACCAGAUUCUGAUGUUCUGUCCGAAAUUAUGCACUCUUUUGCUAAGUGCAUAGAGGUGAUGGGAGAUGGAUGUUUAAACAAUGAACAUUUUGAAGAACUUGGAGGCAUGCUGAAGAGUAAACUAGAAGAGCACUUUAAAAAUCAAGAGCUAAGACAAGUGAAAAGACAAGAUGAAGAUUAUGAUGAACAAGUUGAGGAAUCCCUGCAAGAUGAGGAUGACAAUGACGUUUACAUUCUGACUAAAGUAGCAGACAUUUUGCACUCUGUAUUCAGUAGCUACAAAGAGAAGGUGUUGCCGUGGUUUGAGCAGUUGCUGCCAUUAAUUGUUAACUUAAUUUGUCCUCAUCGACCAUGGCCAGACAGACAGUGGGGACUCUGUAUCUUUGACGACGUUAUUGAACACUGUAGCCCCACUUCCUUCAAGUACGCCGAAUACUUCCUUAGACCUCUAGUACAGUCAAUCUGUGACAGCAGUCCAGAGGUUCGUCAAGCGGCUGCUUAUGGUGUUGGUGUGAUGGCACAGUUUGGUGGUGAUAAUUAUCGUCCUUUCUGUACAGAAUCUCUUCCACUUCUUGUUGGGGUUAUACAGACCCCCGACUCUAAAACCAAAGAGAAUAUCAAUGCAACAGAGAAUUGCAUUUCAGCUGUAGGAAAAAUAAUGAAAUACAGACCAGAUUGCGUUAAUGUGGAUGAAGUUCUGCCUCAUUGGCUGUCAUGGCUGCCGCUGCAUGAGGACAAGGAGGAAGCUGUUCACACGUUUAACUUUCUCUGUGACCUUCUAGAAAGUAACAAUCCAAUUGUGCUUGGACCCAACAACUCAAACUUACCCCAAAUAUUUAGUAUUAUAGCAGAUGGAGGAGUCCAUGAAUCUGUCAAAAAUGAAGACUUUUGUGGUAAAAGACUUGCCAAUGUAGUACGACAAGUUCAGGCAUCCGGCGGACUGUUCACACAAUGUGUAUCACAGCUGAGUCCAGUCCAGCAGAAGGCUUUACAAGAUCUCCUUAGUGCUGCGUGAAGACCACUACUGUUGGCGUAUAUCAGGAAAACUAACAUGAAAUAAACUUACCUCUUCUGUUUAGGUUUCUUUCUUUUUGUGUUGAGGAAAAAGGAGCAGUAGUGAGUAUAAGCAGUUGUUCUGCAGGCGUUAAGUCAGGAGAGAUGCAUCAAACCCCAGAAUGGAAUAAAAGAACUUGUUAAAAUGAAUUCUUCUAGAAGAGACAGAUGUUCCCUGCAGGCCUGUAACUCUAACUGGAUUAUUCUAUUCUGUCAUCCUUUAUCUCCAGUUUUCCACUUUUGUGGCUUGGGAAAAACUGCUUACCAUUGUCUUCAGUUAUCAACUAAUUAGGAGUGUGGUUGCUGUAGAUGAAUUUUAAGACUCAUGGACUUAGAUCUGGUGUCAUCCAAAGGGCCUUCAAAGCUUUUUAAAAUGGUGCUCCCCAUGCCAUUCGCAAAAAGUGGUAUGUCGAGUUCAUUAUUAGCACGAUGUUAUAAUCGUCAAGACAAAUUUGUCUCCACAGUGUACUAACAAAGAAGUCUGUAGAAUACAACUUUUGCCAUGUUAUAGGAUUCAUUUUCAAAUAUGAUGGUCAAGAACAUUCAUUUUGCACAGAUUUAUAUUGGUAUAUUUUUAUUAGUUUUGGUCACCCAUAGUGCCCAAAUUUAUGUGAUUUUGACAUUGGACAUUUAGCUUCAGGCCCUUAAAUGUGAAAUGUCUUUUUGGCAUGUCUGGCAAUAUCUCCCUCACUCUUCAAUAAACAACAAUGAAAUACAAACGCCAUGAGUCUCCGCGCGAGUCCCCUGCUGUCUCACUUAUUCACGUUGUACUUCAUUAUGCGAUUUGUUUGCAGCACACAGAUACAGUAUACUCUGCAUGUAAGCAGUUUAUAUUUUUGCUGACUGUUACAGGUAUGAUUUUUCUAUGUUUGUCUUAUGUAUAGGAUGCCUUUAUUUUCAAAGCUGCAUUCAUUUGAGUUUUAACACUAUACAUUUGUUUUAUGGUCUUCUGAUACUUAAUGUGUGCACAAAUAAGAAUUUCACUUUGCAUUAACACUUCCAGCUUACUCUGUUGUAUUAGUUCAGUUUAUGCUGCAACAAAAAAAAAAACUUCUGCAUUAAACUAAAAAUGCCACAAAA